CUCAAAGCCCUUCCACAUUAAUUUACCCUCAGAAUGGCGCUUCCGGAAAACUCAACUGCACGCGGAGUGCUUUAUCCCGGGGUGGUUGAACCCCAGGUUCUAUUCAUCGAUCCAGGUACCAAUCUGCCAUUGGAUCAAAUCAAGCGAACACUGGCGGGCAUCAAGUCCGCUAUCCUCAAAGACAAGGACGACGCUGAAAAGAAUCGUGUCGAGAACAUUUGAUAGCAAAUCUGUUGAUCGGGAUCGCCUACAUGCGGCAGAAAAAGGGUGACUCGGCCAAGCUUCAAGUCACCCACAGUCUCAACUUCAUCUGGCCGAUAAUUUAUGCAGCCGUAUCGGGUACCGGUCUUUUUAAAUCUUACCGGAGUGCGGCGGGCUUCAUCUACGUGCCACUUUGCAGUCUCCUAAACCCAGUCCAAGACGCAAAGGGCAAGACCCAAAUGCGCAUAGACGAGCUUUGGCGCCUACACGUCUGGCUCCCCGAUGGCAAUCGCGGCACGAAGGGGUUCGAGCCCCACAUGCAUAAUACCAACACCAUUUCCUGGAUCCUGGCUGGCGAUGGAGAGAACCUCUCGUGGAAUGUUGAGCGCAACGCAGACAAGGAAAACGCCUCGCACACCGAGUAUACGGUUAACUUUAGUGACGGCAAGACGUCAGACGUGAGCUAUAAGCCACACCAAACAGAAUCCGUGGUCUACGCUUCUUCGAAGUACGCGAGGGCAAAAAUUUCACAUACCGAGCCGCUGAGCAGGAAUAUGACGUAUACGGUAACCCGGGACCAGUGGCAUAGCUCUCAUGUGCCGCCUGGGGCUGUGUUUGCGACACUGUUCUUCUUCGAUGGGAGUCCUGGCUAUAACGAGGACGCACCUAUUCUAGGCCCCAUACACGGAGAGAAAAAUGUACAGAGCAAGGAUCCGGGUGAUAAUGCCCCAGAAAAGAUAGUAAAUGUUGUUGAAGACCGGCGACAAAAGGAGCAAGCGGAUGAAGAGUAGUGUUUCACGGCUGUAGACUGUGUUGGUCACAUCACAGUACACGAGCUCUGGGUAGACCGAACGGUUUCGACAUUCAUGAUGUCGUGAUUAGGGCCCGGACAAAGCAUACAACAGGUCAGUUAGGUGAGGAGUUCGGGGACCGGGAGAAAAACGCAAGGCUACACAGCCAAUGUGUAGGUUUGUCCUGCUAUCAGACUUGGC